AUGGGCGUGACCAAGGAAGUUCUGACAGAGGGCAACGGGCCGACGCCCACGAAGGGCGCGUCGGUGACGGUGCACUGCACGGGUUUCGGCAAGGACCGUGACCUUCAGCAGAAGUUCUGGAGCACCAAGGAUCCGGGCCAGACGCCCUUUACUUUUAAGGUGGGACUUGGCCAAGUCAUCAAGGGUUGGGACGAAGGCGUGCUGGGGAUGAAGAUCGGAGAACAGGCGCGUCUCACCUGCACGCCCGACUACGCGUAUGGAGCUGGUGGCUUUCCGGCCUGGGGAUAUCCUUUUCCGCCAAUUAGUUGCAUGAAUGUGGGGUGUGCGCUUUAA